GGACAUAACAUUGAAAAGUAAGUCAAAUUUAAAUAUUAAAAAAUGCUUUGAUUGACUCUAACAUUGAAUUGUAUUCUCUCUUUAACACCUUUCUAGUUGAUUUGGAGCAUAUGCGAACAGUAAAACCUGAAAAACACUUACGGUUUUGCCAGGAAAAUGGCUUUAGUAGCCACUUUGUCUCAGCCAAGACAGGAGAUUCUGUCUUCCUGUGUUUUCAGAAAGUUGCUGCUGAAAUCCUUGGAAUCAAAUUAAACAAAGCAGAAAUAGAACAGUCACAGAGGGUGGUGAAGGCAGAUAUUGUAAACUACAACCAGGAACCUAUGUCAAGAACUGUUAACCCUCCUAGAAGCUCUAUGUGUGCAGUUCAGUGAGCACAUUUUUUUUUGUAUUGAUAGUUCUGGCUGCCCUUCACCCCUGAGUGGGCCCAGGACUUCUAGGAAGUUGUUUUAUCAGUGACCAUCUCUGUAGUUCAGUUAACACUUUCCAACUAACUCCCUUCAUUAUUAAGUGUUGCCUCACAGUGCAGGCAGCUCCAUGGACUGGAAAGAAUUCUACUUCAGGACCACACACUUUGAAUUCAAAAUGGAAGGCCCAUUCUCUGGAAUUAGACUGCUUCAUUGAAAAAGAAUGAUGGUUCUCUUUAUGUCCUUGCUUCUUUCUUCUAUGAUGCAAAGUUUUUUAACCAAAUAUGAAAGCUAUGCAAGUCUUGGUCGUCAGCCAGGUUUUUUGCCACAGCAAAGGUUUCAUUCUCUUAUCUGGACUCAUAUAUGUCAAAGUAUACUUUAAAGUGUAAACAUUGAAACAACUCAUAUAUUUUACGUAUAGAUACUUAAGGAGACAUUCUUUUGCUAUCUAUUGUGAGUGAAAAUAUAUAAAGCUGUAUCUAACUGAAAAUGUUUGAAAUAAGGCUGUAAUAGAAAUAUUUUUUCAUUUUUUAGAAAGGGAUAUAAAUUGUUUAUAUUGUGGUUUGCAACUCACAAAGUAGUGAGUAUUCAAUAUUGUAUUUUUAUUACUGUAUCAUGGUCAUUAUGUAAUGUGUAUAUUCAGGUUAGAUGGCUUUAUGAAUUUUGAUAAAUAAAUGUUCAGCUGAUGCUCCACGUGGAAUUUCUCUUACAGACUGCAUAAGAGUACUCCCAGGAUGAGUUAUGACAUACUGUUGGAUCAUGUGGAUCAGACUGUACCUGAUGUUCAGAUGUUUUUUUCUCAUAAAUAAACUUAUUUAAAUUAAUUA